UAAAUAUGGCAUUUUCAGAUCUUAAUUUCUUUAUUGGGGGUACCAAAAACAUUCACAUUUUCCUCCAAAAGAUCAAACACCUCUACCUUUCCCAUUAAUUCCCUCCAAGUUCAUUCAUCUCCCUUUACCCAAACCCUAAUUCCCCAAAUUCACAAUGUCGGAGCUCUCCGACAAAACCACCAGCCCGUUAAGCCGGCCAACAAGUUCCCGGUCGGUAACCGAAACCGUCAACGGUUCACACCGGUUCGUAAUUCAGGGUUAUUCGUUGGCAAAAGGAAUGGGAGUUGGUAAACACAUAGCGAGUGAUAAUUUCACUGUUGGUGGUCAUCAAUGGGCGAUUUAUUUCUAUCCUGAUGGGAAAAAUCCAGAGGAUAAUUCGACGUAUGUGUCGGUUUUUAUUGCGUUGGCUAGUGAAGGAACGGAUGUUAGGGCUUUGUUUGAAUUGACAUUGGUGGAUCAGAGUGGUAAAGGGAAACAUAAAGUUCAUAGUCAUUUUGAGCGGUCACCUGAAAGUGGUCCCUAUACUUUGAAAUACCGCGGCAGCAUGUGGGGAUACAAACGUUUCUUUAGACGAGCGUUGCUUGAGACUUCAGAUUUUCUCAAGGAUGACCGUCUGAAAAUCAAUUGCACUGUGGGAGUUGUUCAAUCUACAAUUGAUUGUUCGAGCUUACAGCCAAUCCAGGUUCCAGAUUCUAAUAUGGGAUCACACUUUGGCAUGCUAUUAGAGAAUAUGGAGGGAUCUGAUGUUGUUUUCAAUGUGGCUGGUGAAAAAUUUCAUGCCCAUAAGCUGGUAUUAGCUGCUCGUUCUCCUGUAUUCCGUACUGAAUUGUUUGAUGAACUGGAGGGCGAUAAGCAGGAGAUUAUUGUCGCAGAUAUGGAACCCACGGUCUUUAAAGCUAUGUUGCACUUCAUAUACCGAGAUUCUCUUGUAGGAGAAGAGCUAGAAGAUACUAGUUCUUCUUCUAUUCCUUCUGUGACUGAUACUUUGACAGCAAAACUGCUAUCAGCAGCCGAUCGGUAUGAUUUAACAAGACUCAGGCGGGUGUGCGAAUCUCAUCUUUGCAAAGAUAUCUCGGUGAACUCUGUUUCCAGAACUCUUGCUUUAGCUGACCGUUACCAUGCCAUGGAGCUCAAAGCAGUUUGCCUUAGAUUUGCUGCUGAAAAUCUUGCAGCUGUCAUGCAAUCAGAUGGAUUUGAAUACCUUAAAGAGAAUUGCCCUUCUCUUCAGUCGGAGCUUCUUAAAACCGUUGCUGGUUGUGAGGAUGAUUGUAGCAGUGGAGGCGGAAAGUCUAGAAGCGUUUGGGCCCAGCUUUCAGAUGGUGGCGAUACCAAUGGCAGGAGGGUAAGGCAACGGACCUGAUUUUAGAUAGAGAAUCCUUGUUUUAUCGUUCUGUAUAUUGGAAGUUGUCUUAAUAAUGUUACAGGAAGGUAAAUGUACUAUAGUUUUCUGAAUACCUGGCUAGUCUGUAAUACCAGUAUCCUGGAAGUUUCUCCAUACUGAGCCCUUUUUUUUUUUUUUUUUUUUUACGUUUAUGCUGACACCAAGUUUGGGUUUCAGUAGACUGUUUAGUGUUGAGACAUGAUCCUGGAAAGUCAGUACCUUUGCUGUUGCCAUUGUAACCUUUGUAAAUUGGAGGAUACUCUUGUUUGUACUUCAUACCGUGCUGCUUUGUAGAAAAAGGAUGCUGCCUCUUCUCUGGUUUAGUUCCAAAUUUCUGAAUUGCUAUUGCUUAAGCUGGCAGUGAGCCAUUGCUCCGGAACUUUGUAUGACUGACUCUGAUGUUCAGGACCUGUCAUUUUAAGCAGUUGAAGACGAGAGUAGCUGAUAUAGGGAGAAAAGAGUUGAUUCUUUGUUUGGUUGAUUCUUUUUCUCAUGUUGAUUCUUUGUUUGGUUGAUUCUUUUUCUCAUGUCUGUUUGAAUAGUGGAAACGGUGAUUUAGCCUUGAUCAUUGCCUUAUUCUAAUUUUUGUUCAUGUUA